UCUUUCAGUUCAGAGUAAGUUCAUUCGCCAGCUGAUGCUUCAAUAAUGAUUGCUAAAUUUAGCUCAUGAAGCUGAACUGUGUUUAUAGGUCGAAGUUCAAAGAAUGAUGACAGUAGUAUCUUCAAACUUCCAAAGAAUCUCGGUAUUGAUAUCAAUACUAAGAAAAAGGUUAAUAAACCUCGAGUUCAAUCAGGUAGAGGCCGCAACUCAAGCUUACUAGAAGGAUAUGUCCCUUUUAAAUCUAAUAAGUAUCUAACAAAGGAUGGCAAUAAUCAAUAUCAGUCAAAUAUAAAGCAUUAUUUCUUGACCUCCCAGAUUUACCCAGAAGAAUGACCUAUUUGUCCUGGAGUAAGGUCUCUUUACAAUGUUGCGAGGAUAGCUCAAAAGCAGGCUUUAUACAUCAACAUACCGCCUACAAUCUUGCUGGGGUUUAACCACAAAAAUCUCUUUAUGUUCACCAAGCCCAGCACUAGGUCCAUUACAGUUAUUGAUGACGAAAUGAAUCCAAUGCUCAUCAAGCACUACCUAAAGAAUUGCUUUGGAAAAUAAUGAAGAGAGUACGAAAAAGGCUCAGAGUAGUAGAAUAAAAUAAGCAUGUUUAUCCCAAGUACAUCAUUCGGUAUGCAUCAAAGACAGAUAGGAAUAGGAUAUUCCUAUUUUAUCGACUCAAUGAUGUAUACAGGCAAGCUCUUGAGGACUGGGGCAAGUAUGAUAUGGCUAUCCAGCCAUAUAUCAUAUCAAAGUCUCGUAAAGUUUCCAUGACACGUUAUGAAGUCUAUCACCAAGGAAUGACCAAGUCUGUGUCUAUCUCCAGCGACUAUAAUUUGAUUGACUUCCCAUACCUUGAAAGAAGCGAAAUUGUGAAUACAAGAAAGGUUGAUAUCAGGCGAGAGAAUUCACCCAAGAAGACAAAUGCUAUGAUGAACAUCGAGUUACAUGAAAUUCAUAAUGUAGAACUUUUAAAAUAUUUUACAGUCAGUACAGAAGUAGAUAUUCCUAAGAUAAAUCUGAUCCAGUGAAGACCCUCUGCGAAUAAGCUCGCUCAGAAGAUGUCUAAGGAUAUUGCGCAUGCAUUCUGUACAAGAGUAAAGCCUAAAGGAUAUACUCUUGACAACAUCUUAAUUGAUUUUGUAGAGUCAAUAGAAGGAAUUACCUAUUUCCUCCAAGUUAAAAAUUUUAAAAGUGAGAAAUGAAUGCUUCCUCCAAAGCUGAAUAAAUCAAGCUUGCUAUAUAAAUUUAACUCUCCUGUAUUUCAAUGUAAUUCUAAGGUGUUCUGUGAGCUGUUUGACAAGAAAGAUCCCAAAAGUGGAGAGAAUCUUGCAGAUCAAAUGAAAAACUACCUCAAACAAAAACUUCAACUAGUGCCAAAAGAGUCUGUUCAAAGAGAUUGAGAUCCUCUUCAGCUGUACAAGAUUGAUAGGAAUACUGUGAAUAUUUAUAAAUAAAGAAAUUGCUCAAAAGCCUCAGGAGGAGGUGUAUGAUAAUCUUGGCGCUUUAUACCCACUUUUGUACAUCCCUCAGACAAAGCCUACCUCUCAGAAAACUUUUCGAAUCAAAGAAGCCCUGGUUUCAGGUAAUAAACUAAUACAAAGCAAUGAAUAUUCUCAGAUUGGGGAGAUAAAAAUUGCCACUAGCAGCAAGGGAAAAUUAAAAUGCUGAUAUCUCUGUUAUUGAAUAUUCUUAUGCUACCAGAAACGGUAUAAAGUAUUGACUUUCCAGACCCCUCAAACAAAAGCAGUGGUAGCAUCUCUAUCUGAAAUACCUGCCUCAAAAUGGCAACUAAAAGACCUUAAGCGAUUAUUAGACCUAUACGAAGAAAUUUCUCAUCAGAAUUCUAACCUGGAUUUUUCUGAGAAGAAGUCAGUGAUAAUCCUAGAUAAGAAGCCAAGCAAAUUUUCUGUUGCCUUGCGACUACACAAUAAAAAGCUAGAUAAGAGGUUAUGUUGUUCCUCACGGAAAAAUUUGAAACUCAGGCUUAAAUCCAAAGGCAAAUUGGAAGGAUUAUGUGUAGACCUAAAAAUUUCAAAACAGAAAUCUAAGCGUGAUAUUCACACAAAGUCAAGCAGAAAUAUAAAAACUGCCAGAGUCAAACAUGUGCCAGAGACCGAGAAUGAGAUUUAUAAUAGGCUACGAAUCAGAGAUGUCCAUAGUACUCUUUCCCAUUACUAUUGCACCUUGGAUUCCUUUGAUUAUCAUAACUCAAUGAGAACCACAAGGCCUAGGAGUAGAUCUAGAAGCAAGAAGUCGUCAACAAGAUCCCUUUCUAGAUGCACUAUUCCGAAUUCAGUGAGGAUAAAAGCUUUUCCGACUCCAAGAAUGAUCUAUCAGGAUCCUACAAGAGAAGUUAUGGAGUAUAUCGAUUACAAGAAUAGGAAGAUAGUAAGAGAUCUUCAAAGUGCAGGUAGCCCUUCAAAGCAAAGAACUCCAAAAUUGAUCAAAAACUAUUUACUCUAAGCUGUAAAGUUUUUCGUUGAAAUAAUUUGCAAAGAUUUCACUAAGUC